UUUGUUUCCCCUCUUACGUUCGCCCCUCUUCGUCCAACCUCUCGUACAAUCCCCUCCACUCUGUAGCGAUUUUCUUUUCUCCCUCCUAAAAAACCGAUGCAAAUUGAUUCCCCUAACCCUAUCCCACCUCUGAUCUGGCCGCCGCCACAAGCUCCCCCAUCUGGCAAACGGCGGGAGGUCGCGUGCUCCCCUUCCACGAACUCUUGCUACGACACCCCAAGGUCACCGUUGUGCGACACCGAGGGAUUCGCCGCUGCUGCCCGGAGCUACUUUGCCCUUAGCGUCGAGGAGGCGGUGGGCGAGAGAUCAUGUCCUCCCGGGGCUGCCGUUGUUGGGCUCGUCUCGUCAGGCGGACACGGAGUCGAUGGGGCCGCUGGCCACGCCCUGUUCUUCUCCUCUCCCUCCCACCCGCGGGUCGUUGAGGUCGGGUGUGGAAACUCGGGAUGCGGCGAGGAGCUAAUGCGGCACAGCGCCGUCGGCACCGACGUCACCUGCAUCAACCUCUGCCUGAACAACCUCCAGCUUAUUUUCACUUGGGAAUAGGUGUUGCUGAGUGCUGAUGCCACUUGAAUUUUUAAGCAAUCACAUCCUAACCCUUUCUAGGUUCUUCUACACAUGUCACUAUCCCCGCAACAAGUGACAACUCCGUAACAAGCAUGGCUGAGAAAAGAAUCUGGGAGAUACGAUGUCAAGCAAAAGUGCAGCAGUUCUUGUGGAGGCUAGCCAUUGUCGUUUCCCUUUGAGACUCUCCCUGAAGCGUGGAGGAAUAGAGUGUGAAACGUCGUGUGUGUGCUGCUGCGGCAAAAGAUUAGGUGAUGACGGGCCCUCGUUCAUAAGAUGCAAGGAAGUCAAGAAACUAUGGAGAAGUUUAGAGCUUGAAGGACUACAUCCACAUGUCGGCUGCAUAUGGAUAUGCUAAAGAAGUAGUACAAGUACUAGACUUGCCAGAAGAUCAAAGGGUGCUGGUUACAUGCAUGCUAUGGAGGUGGUGGAACCGCCGAAACAAGGUAAAUGCUGGAGAAAAAAAGGAGGCCUGCAGGAGGAAUGCUACGGUUAUGGAGUAUUGGGCAUCAGAAUCCAUCGACAUGUUGGGAGCAGAGAGAGUGGCAGAAACCAAUGGCCGACGUCCUCAAAAUCAUUGUUGAUGGGGCCUUUCAUGAAGCAGCAAUGUGUGGUAGCUGGGGCUUUAUGAUGAGGGAUAAUAACGGGGACGUUAUGGGAUUAGGAGCUGCUCGGAUGGAACAUGUGGCCAGUGCUAUGCAAGCGGAAAUGAUGGCAUGCCUUGAAGCUCUACAAGCAACGUCCACAUGCAUGGGAAUGACUUCUGUCCAGCUCAAAUCCGACGGCCAAUCCGCGUGGGUAUGUUGCUGCUAAAAAUGUGUUGUUUUUGGUUGUUUGAUUUGUGUCUUAUAGGAUAUAAAAAGAAACAAAACAUAACUAGAGAUAGAAAGGAAGAGUGAGAGAGGGAAGAGGUUUACAUGAUGAUUGGUAUUGAACCACUAGAAUAUAUAUGUGUUGGGAAUUGUUGCAUGGAAAA